GGACCAUAAAAGUCGCAUCAAUCGCUUUUUCAUCUUCUCUGGUUUUUUUACAUCCAUUGAGCUCUGGAAGCAAUUUUUCAAAGUCGUAGAACUAUUCUUGUCAAUCUAAAGAAGGUCGAUUAGAGCUCAGUUCUCUUCUACUCAUCAUGCGUUUUCACACUACAGCUGCCUUUUCAGCAGCUGCCCUCUUGGCCACUUCUGUCAAUGCCGAUGCUCAAUCUGUUCUCAAGGAAGCAAGCUCCUCAGUAUCAAGUGCUGCUACUGAAGCUUCUUCGUCAGUUUCAUCUGCCACCUCAACCGGCAUUGAGCUUCCCACCUUCACUCCUACCAAAAUAACUGCCGAUUUCCUCGAACAGUUCACCGAUGACUGGGAGACACGAUGGAAGCCAUCUCACGCCAAAAAGGACACCAAGGGUUCCGACAAGGAAGAGGAAGAAUGGGCUUAUGUUGGAGAAUGGGCUGUAGAGGAACCCCACGUCUUCAAGGGUAUGGAGGGAGAUAAGGGUCUCGUUGUCAAGAACCCAGCUGCCCAUCACGCCAUUUCUGCCAAAUUCCCCAAGAAGAUUGACAACAAGGGAAAGACCCUCGUUGUUCAAUAUGAGGUCAAGAUGCAAAAUGGUCUUGAGUGUGGUGGAGCAUACUUGAAGCUUCUUCGUGACAACAAGGCUCUUCACCAAGAGGAGUUCUCCAACGCAUCUCCAUAUGUUAUCAUGUUCGGACCAGACAAGUGUGGUACCACCAACAAGGUUCACCUUAUCAUUAACCACAAGAACCCAAAGACUGGUGAAUAUGAGGAGAAGCAUAUGACUCCUGCACCAGCAGCCAGAAUCCUCAAGACCACCGAACUUUACACCUUGAUCAUUCACCCCAACAACACUGCCAUCAUCAAGUUGGAUGGCGAGCAAGUUAAGGAGGUUAACCUUCUCUCCGACGACUUCGUUCCAGCAUUCAACCCACCCAAGGAAAUUGAUGAUGCCAAGGACUCCAAGCCAGAUACCUGGGUUGACGAGGCCCGUAUCGCUGACCCAGAAGCUAAGAAGCCCGAGGACUGGGAUGAGGAAGCACCAUUCGAGAUCGUUGAUGAGGAAGCUACCAAGCCUGAGGAUUGGUUAGAGGAUGAGCCUCUUAGCAUCCCUGACCCGGAGGCACAAAAGCCAGAGGAUUGGGAUGAUGAGGAGGAUGGAGACUGGAUCGCCCCAACCGUACCAAACCCCAAGUGUGACGAUGUUUCUGGCUGUGGUAAAUGGGAGAAGCCAUUGGUUAAGAACCCAGCUUACAAGGGCAAGUGGACUGCACCAUUCAUUGACAACCCAGCCUACAAGGGUGUCUGGGCUCCACGCAAGAUCAAGAACCCAGACUACUACGAGGACAAGACCCCAUCCAACCUCGAGCCAAUGGGAGCCAUUGGUUUCGAAAUCUGGACCAUGCAAAGCGAUAUUCUCUUCGACAACAUCUACAUCGGUCACUCUGUUGAGGAUGCUGCUAAGUUCGCUGACGAGACCUUCAACGAGAAGCACCCCAUUGAACAAUUGGUUGAAAUCGAGUCUAUUCCAAAGCCUGAGGACAAGCCAAAGUCUCCAUCUGAUCUCGUCUUCGCUGAUGACCCAGUUCAUUACGUUAAGGAGAAGCUUGACUUGUUCCUCACCAUUGCUCAAAAUGACCCCAUUCAAGCGAUUAAGUUCGUUCCUGAGGCUGCUGCCGGUAUCGGUGCCGUCGUUGUCACCCUUAUUGCCAUUAUUGUCGGUAUUGUUAGCAUGAGCGGAUCUACUCCACCACCACAAGUCAAGAAAGCAGCCGCCAAGGCCAAGGAUGCUGCUGCCGGUGCCAAAGACAAGGCCUCUGAGGCAGUCGCAUCAGGAACUGACGCUGUUAAGGCAGAGGUUAACAAACGCUCAACCAGGAGCCAAGGAUAAAUAGGAAGAGACAAAAUAAUGAAAGCUGGGAAGGGUAGGAAGAACUAGUAGACGAAGAAUUCUCAACCAAUAUGGGACCAGGCACUUCUGUAUUUGCAUGCAUUUUGCUAUCUUUUUCAAAGUACCUCUAAUUACCCUUGAUUUAUUGGGAAUGGAUUGGGAGUUUAUUGUUGAAAGUUGAAUGGCAUGCAAAUUAGGGAGCGAAAGAUUGUAUUUUAGGCGCACAAAAUACUACGAAUGAAUAUUUGACUUUACUUUA